GCAUUCCAGAGCAACCGAAUUGCCAUCUCCGGAAAGCUGAGUCUGCCCGCGUGGUUCCAACUCCCUUUGGUGUCCAAACACAGUCUUCCGCUGUCGUACAGCUUCUUGCUCACUCUCAUCGGCCGAGGUGCUAUUGUCCUGGUCGACAGAGUCAUGUUCCUCCUGAAAGGAUGA